AUGGUUGCCAAAGAGGAUUACGACAAUAUCCAAGGAGAUAUAUGGCCAGGUUUGUCGAAAAAGUACCAAGUGUUUUACUUCUUCAGCAUCGAGAAUCCUGCGCUCUUCAAACCCGUCCUGAAAAAGCUUGCGGAUGAACAGAUCACUAGUUCCACCCAUGCCAUGGCUCAUCGCUAUACCAUCCAGAAGCUCAAGGCGGCAGAAGCCGAGAAUAAAGCCGAAGAACAAACGAAGAAGAAAACUCGGAGCACCGGAGGGGGUGGUUUCUUCGGCAUCUUGGGCGAUGUAGUGGAAAGCGGGGCCUCAAUGGCAAACUCCGGGAUUGAUAUCGUGGGCAGUUUGGCGAAUACUGCGCUGGAUGUCACCAUUGGCGUGGCGAAGUUCCCAUUUGAGGUCUUCGGACAUCUUGUCCCGAAAGAUGCAAAGGAUAUCCCGAGAUCUAAAGGAUCCAAGAGCCAUAUGGGCCUAGCCCAGGUUAACAUCUCUUUCACCCACGUGGGUGUGAACAAGCUGUGGAAUGAAGAUUUCAUGGACGACCUGUACAUUAAAGGCAUGCAACAGGACAUGAUGAGCGAAGGUAGAGAUACAGAGAAAAAUUGGCGGAAAGAAUUCUUGAAGGAUGUCGAGAACUCAACUCCUAGCAAGGUCGAUGGGUUGGUCAUCGUUUGUGGUACCAAAGAAGAAGUGCAGGACAAAGUGGCCUAUCUGAGCCACAACUACCUAGGCGACAAGCAAGGAUGCCGUCACGUCGCGACCCUGGAUGGCCAAGAAAGGUCAGGUGAUCAAAGGGGCCAUGAGCACUUUGGCUAUUUGGAUGGAAUUUCGCAGCCACUCCUAACAGGCUUCGAUGAUGAAGACCUCAAGGCAAAAGGGGCUCGCAAAAUCCCCACUCGUCCCGGUGUCAUCAUUUUUGGACACGACGGGGAGAUGGAUAAUGAACCAGGGAUGCAGCACCCCGAGUGGGCCAGAAACGGAAGUAUCCAGGUUGUUCGAAGAAUCAAACAGCUCGUGCCAGAGUGGAACGAUUACAUCGUGGAACAGGCCGAAAAACUCCACUUCACUCCGGAGCAGUUCGGCGCUCGGUUGAUGGGACGCUGGAAAAGCGGAGCACCUGUUGAGCUGUAUCCCGAUAGCGACGAGCUCUUUCCUAAGGAGGGCGCGGCAAAGUUCAACGACUUUGACUUUGAUCCAAAGAGCCAGCUCAAGUGCCCAUUUGCAUCACACAUUCGCAAGACCAAGCCUCGAAUCGAUGUGGGCAACGUGGACAAGUUCGACAUCAUGCGUCGCGGUCUUCCCUAUGGACCGGAUCAUGAUCCUAAAACUGAGCCUCAUAAGACGACACAAGAUCGUGGCCUUAUGUUCGUUUGCUACCAAACCAGCCUUAACAAUGGCUUCUCAUUCAUCAAAAACAAGUGGUGCAACCCGGAUAACUUUCCGAAUAAGAAAGAAAAGUACACCGGAGGCAUUCUUCCGGGACAGGAUCCUGUUAUUGGCCAGACACUUCCAUCUACUAAGCAAGAAGAUGACACGAAGUUGACCUUCAGCAUCACCGAUGGUAAGGGAGAGCACAACCAGAUUGUGUUCCCGUCUUUCGUCGAGGCACAGGGCGGAGAUUACUUUUUCACACCAUCUCUGUCGCUUCUUCGCAUGAUGUCCGGGGCUAAUUAG